AGUGCUUAUUUUAUGUAUUAAACUUGUGAAACGGAUUUUUUUUAUUUAACAAAAAGAAAAAUGGCUACUACCAUCUUAAGUACCGUGGCUACGGUACAGGAAAAUUUACCUAAAAGUUUUACUUUUAGUACCAUCGAUUAUAUUGUAUUCGUUUUAAUGCUGUCUAUAUCGGCUGGUAUUGGCGUGUAUUUUGGUUUCUUUUCGAAAGCGAAAAAUACUACAGAUGAAUAUUUAAUGGGCAGUAAGAAAAUGAAAACCAUACCCAUUGCAAUAUCCUUAAUAGCAAGUCAACUUUCCUGUACUGCUAUUAUGUCGGUACCUGCGGAAAAUUAUGCUUUUGGAUUUACUUAUGUUUUUACGGUGGUUUCUAUAAUUUUCGUAAUUCCUAUUUUAAAUUAUGUUAUUGUUCCUGUAUUUUACAACAAUAACAUAUCAAAUUGUUAUGAGUAUUUAGAAAUGCGCUUCAAUAAAAGGACCCGCCAAUUAGCUACAGCAUCGUUUGUCCUUAAUGCUUGUCUCAUGUUACCGGUCUAUAUAUUUGUUCCAUCUUUGGCAUUUUCUCAAGUUACGGGCAUAAAUAUACAUUUAAUAAAUACCGCCAUAUGCUCCAUUUGUAUAUUCUAUACCAUGUUGGGUGGUAUUAAAGCUGUCGUUUGGACUGAUGUAGUGCAAGCGGGCAUUAUGAUAUCUUCGGUUGUUUUGGUGGGCGUUUUAGGUACUCUUAAAGUGGGUGGAUUAAACAAGGUUCUGGAAUAUGCUGGUGAAGGAGGACGUCUUGAUUUUAAUUUCUCUAUGGAUCCACGUGUACGUUCGUCAUUUUGGAAUCUAUUUAGUGGUGGACUAUUACUAUGGGUGGGCCAUAUUGGCUUAAAUCAAAGUUGUGUACAACGUAUUGUCUCCAUGCCAUCAUUGGAUCAUGCUAGGAAAGCUUUAACUAUAGUUGGCGUCGGUAUCUUAUUGAUGAUGGGUUUUAAUGCUUUUAUCGGAAUUGUUAUGUUUGCACGUUACUUUGGUUGUGAUCCCAUAUUGGGAGGAAUUGUUGAAAAAGCUGACAAAAUGAUGCCUUUCUUUGUACAAGACGUUAUGGGUCAUUUGUCGGGUAUGCCGGGCCUAUUUAUUUCAUGUGUUUUCAGUGCCGCCUUAAGUACCAUGUCGGCCAUGUUGAACUCAGUUGCAGGUGUGGUCUAUUUCGAUUAUAUUAAACCCUUUAUACGACAUACAGAUGCUCGAGCAAAUAGUAUAAUUAAAAUAUGUGUUGUGGCCAUGGGUUGUUAUUGUAUAUUGGGCGGUUUUAUAGUUCAAAGAUUUACCUCAAUUUUACAAACUAUUAUUACAAUAACGGGCAUUAGUACUGGAGCCGUAGUGGGGGUAUUUUUAUUGGGCAUGUUUGUGCCGAGAGUUAAUAGUAAGGUGGCUUUUCUUUCGAUAGCUUUCAGUGUUGGUGCCAUGUUAUGGAUAAUUAUUAAUGCUCAAAUGCGUUUUAAGUCGGGCCUAAUAAAAUACGAACCCCUGCCCACAUCUUUGCAUCGAUGUGAGUCCCUAAAUUUUCCUCAAAUGCUAAAAAAUAUCACCAGCACCCCUAUAUCUUUAACUAACACUGAAAAACCUCUUGUUACCGGUACUUUAUCCAGUAAUCGUGAAUUUUCUAUUUACGAAAUUUCCUUUUAUUGGUAUAAACUUUUGGGAGCCAUUUUUGUUUGGCUGUCAGCCAUACCUAUGAGCUUUAUUUGGAAGCGAGAUAAAGAUGAGAAAAUGAACCCGAAAUUGUAUUCACCAUUUGUUAAGAGAUUCCUGAGACAACCUGUUAUCGAAACUGAAGAAAUGGUAUAUUUGAGGACCCCACAACCUUUGGAGGAAAAUGCUACGAUUAUAAUAACUGAAAAAGGAAAAUCAUAA